GACAGUCCCCAGAAGGGCUGCGCUCCCGUCCCCCGCUCCCCCCUCCCAGCGCUGGGAGCAGGUGGCCCGGGGUCCCUUCCCCAAGUAUGUCCCCCCGCCUCCUGCCCCCCAACCCUCCCGCUCCAGCCUCUUCCCCGCGCCUCCAUUUUCCACGCGGAAAAGGAAAAUAACAAAUCCCGCCUCUCGCCCUCCCCUCCUCCUCACCCCAAGUUGCGGGCAGCCCUUUGCCUCCUCCCUGCCGGAGCACCUGACCAGGACACAGGUCCCUGUCCGUGUCAGGAUGGCCAAUCCAGACACCUACCUGCGUCAGCCCUGGCACAUGGUGCAUGGCAUUCCCAUGGUUGAUGCCUUCGCCCACAACUGGGAGCGCAUUGAUACCUUCCAGAGCCGUCCUGAGGACAUUGUGGUGGUCACCUUCCCCAAAUCUGGCACCACCUGGGUCAGCGAGAUUGUGGACAUGAUCCUGAAAGGUGCCGAUGAAGAAAAAUGCAAGCAGGAUAUCAUCGUCAAUCGGGUGCCCAUGCUGGAGUUUGCUGCCCCCGGGAAGAUGCCAGCAGGCACAGAGCAGCUGAAGGCCAUGGCAUCCCCUCGCAUCAUCAAGACCCACAUCCCAGCUCACAUCUUGCCAAAAUCCUUCUGGGAAAACGGCUGCAAGAUGAUCUAUGUGGGGCGCAAUGCCAAGGAUGUGGCUGUCUCCUACUACCACUUUGACCUGAUGAACAAGCUGCACCCACACCCUGGGACAUGGUCCCAGUACCUGGAGGAGUUCAUGGCUGGCAGAGUGGCAUAUGGCUCCUGGUACGACCAUGUCAAGGACUACUGGGAGCGGAGGAAGGAUCACCCCAUCCUCUACCUCUUCUAUGAGGACUUGAAGGAGGACCUCCACCGGGAGAUUGCCAAGGUGGCCCAGUUCCUGGGGAGGGAGCUGCCGGAGGCAGCCCUGGAUGCUAUCGCCCGACACACCUCCUUUGAGGCCAUGCGGGACAACCCCACCACUAACUACACCAUGGUACCCUCCCACCUCAUGGACCAUGGCAUCUCUCCCUUCAUGCGCAAAGGCACCACUGGAGACUGGAAGAACCACUUCACUGUGGCCCAGAGCGAGCGCUUUGACCAGGACUACGCACAGAAGAUGUCGGGCACCGACCUGCGCUUCCGCACCCAGAUUUGAGGAGGCACUGCCAGAUGCCCCCCAAAACUGACCUGUGCUGUUGGCACCAUCACUGUGCCAGGGGCUUCUUCCCCUCUCCUGGGACUGCUGGAGAGAAAUAAAAUAUCCUCCCUGAC